GCUUCCCCUGUGUCGGAUAUAUAAAAGGAGAGCCACUCUCUGACGGGCAUCAGCGUUUCCCAAGUUCAUCGCAGAAGACCCAUCACCUCCAAGAUGAAGACCUUCGCCGCCGCUGUCUGCGCCCUCCUAGUCUGCAGCGUUUACGCUGAAAAGGACGAGAAGGUUGAAGCUCGUGGUGGCCUCUUGGGCGCUGGUCUCGGAGGCUAUGGUGCUGGUGUUGGAGGACCCGGUCUUGUCGGGGCUGGUCUCGGAGGCGUUGGCCUCGGCGGAUAUGGCGGAGGCUUCCAGUCUGGCUAUGGCAAUGCGGCCGGUGGCCACCAGGCUGGAUUCCAGCAUGGCGCUGGCGGUUACAACCAGGGCUCAGGAGCAUUCGCUGGCGGUGCCUCCAACAGGAACGUGAACGCUUACAACAAUAACAGGGGCUACAGCCACAGCUCAGGCUUCUCGGCCUCUGACAGCAAGAACUUCGGCUCUGGAUACAAGCAGGGAUCAUCUGGCUUCCAAGGAGGUGCUGCCGGACACCAGGGAGGCUUCGGGUCACAGUCAUUCGGACACCAGGCUGGAGCUGGCUACGGUGGUGGAUACCUUGGUUAGAUAGUGUACGCUUUAGAAGAAGAACGUCGAUGGCUUAUACCUCAGCGAGAUCCCAGUCGAAAAUAAACGGCCUUUUUGCUUGAGGACACAUGCCGUUUUUCG